UGAAAAAUAUUAAUUGUUAAAUUGAUUAAAGUAUAAUAAGUAAAAACAAUGAAAGUUUAUUUAGCUAUUGUUUUAUUGUUGGCAUUAGUAGUCAUAAUCUACUCCAACUCUACACCUGUUAAUAACGUGGACAACAAUAUUUGGGACAAAUUAAAGACUGGCAAAGACUACGUAAAACUAAUUGAAAAGUUUAACGUAAAGGCCUGGCAUUUCUUAGAGUGUAUGGGCAAAGACUGGUGCGAACACUGUGUGUCACCAACUCUGGGAUGUCUUAAAAAUGAAUCAAUUGUUGGUUGUAUUGAAUUGAUUGCCUGUGAAGCCAAAGAUGCUUUCAGUUGUGCACAAAAAUUGAAAUAA